AUGUCAUAUCUUUCUCUUUUGGCUUGCUGCCUCGUUUCAUUGCUGUCGAUGCCUGUGUGGCUGUACCUAUUCCUACCGGGACACUUGGUCUCCUUUACAGAACAAUCAGGUGCAAAACAGGCCUACUGUCUUGCCGCUGCGACGUUUGCGGCAGCCGGCUUGGUGGAUGCAGCGGCUGAAGUUCUUUCCCUGCGCUGCUUAGUUUUUCGCUCACCGGACGCACGCAGCAUAGCCGAAGCACUCUCAACAGCAACACGCACUGUGCUUUUGGCAGCGGCGCUGCUCAUGCAACAGAGGGUACGACCUGCUGGAGUAACAGUAAGCUUGCUCAUGAAUCCCAUGGUGGCAUUUGGGGGAAGCCAUUUGUGUGCGUCGCUCGUACUGCUGCAAGUGCUGUGGCUGCAAUGUCACCGCCUUGCUAUACUCAAGGCCUCCGCACCUCCUUCACCACAUGCAGCAGAAGCAACAGCAGCAACUCCUCUAGUGGAGACUCCCCGUCUGCUUGUAGCGUGGCCAGCCUUCCGGCGCCUUAGCGCAUGUUAUGUCUUACCCACAGGGGUUAUCUGCGGAACACCUGCAACGGCAAGAGGAGGAUCACCUACUCUCGGAACACCAACAGCAUACGCAGGAGCAAAAGCGGAGUCAAAGGAUCAAGCAGUUGCUGCUCUUCUCUGGGCGCUGGGAAGCUAUCUCUCAGCGGAACACUUGGAGCUCCUCCCUACCUAUCUGAUGCUGCUGGUGCAGAAGAUGCUGCUGCAGCAUGGGGAGCAGCUGCUAUUGCUGUUCCUUCUGGAUAAAAAGGCAGCGGCAGAGUAUGCUGUGACGUCUGGGGCAGCUUCAGUCCUCUGUCGUGUCGUCUUUUCGCACUGCGAAGCAGCGGCGUUUGAGGGUUUCUGUGUCUUGCAAAAGCAGCCUGCUGCUGUUGCUGCGACGGAUGCUGCACCCGCUGGGGCUGCAUUCGACACAGGACGACUUCCAGGAAUGAGAGGUUGUGCAGCUGCAAGGGCAAAUGAAUGCAAUUCUGUGCGGGCGGGAAAGUGGGCUGAGCAACACCUGCGGCUACGCCGGAAUGCCCUUUGCCCUAAGCCAAGCAAGAAAAAUCACCGGCUGUGCUGUGAGCCUCAACAGCAAGAAGGGCUACCAACCCACCACUGCAGCAGCAGAAUUUAUGAUACGGAGAAGGGCGGGGGGGGGCAUGGCUGCAGCAGUAGCGUGACGAGCAUUUUGGGCUCUCGGUGGAUGGCGAGGCUGCUGCGGCGGUUAGAUCAUUCUAAACUUUCCGCAGACCAAAAACGAAGCUCGUCGCAUUCGCCAGCGCUGGCGCUGCUGCAGCUGCUGCUGUUGUUACAGGGGACAUUAGGGUUGGCUGCUGCAGCAGGCGGUUGUCUGUUCGCGGCUCCGGCGUUGCGGUGCGUCUUUGGUCCAUCAACAGUGGCUCCAGGGAGUGGCUUUAUUCAGACUCUGCAAGUCUACUGCUGCUACGUCUGCUGCCUAUCCUUUUUCGGACUCCUGGAUGCCUACGCUACAGCUAGUUGCAGCAGCGGCAGCUUAGGGCUGCUAAAGCGACGCUACUUGGCUGUCACUGCUGUGCACUUGGCAUUGCUGCUGCCUCUGUCAAUCCGCGUGUCUGCCGUCUUUGGGAUACCGGCGGGGGCAGGAGCUGCCGCAGCCCAGGUGGUAGCGGCGGUACUUCGCAUCGGCUGCUGCUGUCUUGCCAUUUUAAAAGAUUUGGGGGAGACGCCUGACCAGUGCCCUGUACAGAAGCUGAAUGCACUGGGGUGUUCCGCGUCGUCGCAGCAGUUGGUUCCACAGGAUUUCAGUGACUGCAGCAACAAGAAGCGAAGUGAAGGCAGCAAGAUCACCACCGCUUUCAAUGCCUCGAGAGGCCUGUCGCGCCAGGCUGGUCCGAUAUUGUCUUAUGCGAAAACGGCACGACGUUGGAACAGGGAGGCGCUGGCCGCAAUUUGGACCUUAUUGCCUCCCGGUGCAGCAUCGCUGGCGUUAAGGUAUUCAUGCUGUAUUGUAGCUGCCACCGCUGCGCGGAGCAUCCUGCGGCAGGCGAGCUUCGAGUUUGGGGAGGGGACAGCUGCAGCAGCAGGCAAGUGA